CGCGCGGUGGUGACCCACGCGUAUGAUUCCGUCCAGCCUUUUACAUUUGCGCUCAUACUUCCGACUGCGCUCAGCAUACAUGGAAAACGAUUUCGCUUUGUGAAUGUCCGCCGGGAACAGCUCAUAAAUUGCACUCACAAAAAAAACAGUUCACUUCGUAACUGUGUUUUGAAACAAGUCGAAAAUGUGAUUUUUCUCAAGGGGCAUAUAGAGUCGUAAAAUGGUUUUGGGACCCAGCGUCUCCACAAGGAAAUGGGAGUUUCUGCAUUUAUGGGGACAUGAAUCUAAGUUCCGGGGGCCCGAUGCCUGUGAUGGAGGAAGUAGAUAUCAGCGGCAGUGAGAGCAACAGCAUGCCGAAGAGGAUUGCUCUCAUCUGCUUCCUUUCUCUGGUGAUGCUCAUGAGUGUCCUGGGGAACCUCCUGGUCAUGACAGCUGUCUGCAAGGACCGCCAGCUCAGGAAAAUCAAGACCAACUACUUCAUAGUAUCGCUCGCCUUUGCAGACCUGAUGGUGUCGGUGCUGGUGAUGCCGUUUGGUGCCAUAGAACUGAUUCACCAGAACUGGAUUUAUGGAGAAACCUUCUGCCUGGUCCGGACAUCUCUAGAUGUACUGUUGACAACGGCCUCCAUAUUACACCUAUGUUGCAUAGCUUUGGACAGGUACUAUGCCAUCUGCUGCCAGCCACUGGUCUACAGGAAUAAGAUGACACCACUGAGAGUGGCUCUUAUGUUAGGAGGAUGCUGGGUAAUCCCCACCUUUAUAUCCUUCCUACCCAUAAUGCUAGGAUGGAACAGUAUCGGAAUAGACCAUUUGAUAGAGGAACGGAAGUUCAGCGGUGAUGCAGCCAACUCGACGGCGUGUGUCUUCAUGGUCAACAAGCCCUACGCUCUGACGUGUUCCGUGGUGGCCUUCUACAUCCCUCUGGUUCUGAUGGUACUGGCCUACCAGCGUAUCUAUGUGACUGCACGGGCGCACGCACGACAAAUCGGCGUGCUGCAGCGGGCAGGGGGCGCAGCCGCCUCGGCAGACAGCGCCGACCACCAGCGCAACCACCGCAUGCGUACGGAGACGAAGGCGGCCAAGACUCUGUGCAUCAUCAUGGGCUGUUUCUGCCUGUGCUGGGCCCCCUUCUUCAUCACAAACGUGGUGGACCCCUUCAUAAGCUAUACAGUGCCCGACCAGCUGUGGGCAGCGUUCCUGUGGCUGGGCUACAUUAACUCCAUGCUCAAUCCCAUUCUCUAUGCCUUCUUGAACAAGUCCUUCCGCCGUGCCUUCCUCAUCAUCCUCUGCUGUGGGAGAAAGCGUUACAGCGUCAGGCGGCCAUCCAUACUGGGGCCAGGGCCCCCCUGCUCGGCCACACAGCUCAACGGCUCCACACAUGUGCUCAAGUAUGCUGCCCUGCACAACGGAAACCAUAUUGAAAAGGAAAAGCAGUCGUUGCAGAAAGAGGACACGGAGUCCUGCUUCUGACAACCACAGACAGUCAGACAGACACUACCCUGUGCAAUCUGAGACAGGGACUGGGCCAGAACCAGCCCUAGAGGGAGUCAUUCUAAGGCAGCCUCUCCCACUGAGCCAAACCAACAACAUGUUUGGACUGAAUUCUUAGUAGCGGGAUCGAUUAUGGACUGUGGAAUACUUUAAGGUGAAUAAUGUUGCCAAAGCCAUUUGAUAUUAACUUUUGUUUUAAGACAUGUCGUUUCAUAUUUCCUUUGCUUAGAAAAGGAAGAAAAACACUCAAUCUUUCUGAUCCACUAUAGCUAGCUCUGUUAGUUAACGGAUGUUCCGGUAAUGCUUAGUGUUAUCUGUCACCAAUGUAAACAUUUCAAUAAGCUUUAUUGAUCUAAGGAGGUGCAAUUUCACACAGGCACAGAGGGCUCAUAACCCCUUCAUUUAGAAUGAAGUAUUAACUUGAAAAUGUUCUCAUUUUAUUCAACUUCAGGUCUCUUAUCUCUCUCUGUCAUUGGUGCCCUAUACUCAGUCACUAUCAGCCUAGAUCCCAUAACUUUCCUUUGAUGCUUUGCAUAAUCUUCAAAAGCCGAAAGUGAUAAAGUAUUUCAGCACACCCACGGUAUAGUAUGGUAUGUGAUGAAAUAAUUCGGCCCCUGAAGUGCAUUAUUAGCUACUACACUUUAUAAAUGAUCCCUUCUCUCUCAUGACUCCUCUCUCAGAUGUUGACAAAGAUGGGCCAUGCAAUAAGAUGGACGUGUUUUUAAAGAUUAUGGUUGCUGAAGCAAUUUAAUCUUGGUCACAGUAUUUUGCCUCCUACUGAUGUGUGUUGUCUACUACAGUACGUGCAUACUACGUACAGUAUGUGGGCGCAUGCUUGAGAUCAUGUCCUAUACUUCAUGAAGGGCCCCUCUCAACACCACCUGUUCAGUCUAGUCCACAGCAACAUCCCAUUUCUUAUGCAUUACGAACAGUAGUCCGAAAACAUUUGCUAGAGUGUACUACAAUUUUCCGGCAUUUUGUAUUCAUGAACAAUCCAAGGUAUCCCUUGAAAUGUAUAAUUACCUGCACCUGAAAUGUGAACAUUGACUUUCUUUUCCUGUGCCAUUCCAAAGCAAACCAUUCCACUUGCUGAAUCCUUCAGUAGGCUACCAAUGAUGACUAGCUCGUUUAAAAGGCAAUCGCCACCAAAGCCAGCAUUUCAUUUCAAUGAGUCACCAAAUAGAGGCUCAAUGGCACAUUCUGUCCAAAACACUGGGAAUAUUUCCUUUCAGAAAACAAUGCAAAGAGAUCAUACAUAGUCAUAUACAGCAGGAUGUAAAGAAUACCAACUGUAUUUUCCCCAUACAUUCAUCUGUUAAACACACAUUCAAGCGACGUCUCCCAGCAACUUAAACAAAAUGACCCUGUUGGUUGAACUUCCUGAUGAAAUGUCCAAUCUUAAAGGGGCAGUGCAGUCAAAAACAUUAUUUACCAUUUUUUUGUAUGAUAUUUCCAGACUAUCAGGUCGAAAUUAAAGGGGCAGUGCAGUCAAAAACAUUUACCAUUUUUUGUAUGAUAUUUCCAGACUAUCAGGUCGAAAUUAAAGGGGCAGUGCAGUCAAAAACAUUUACCAUUUUUUUGUAUGAUAUUUCCAGACUAUCAGGUCGAAAUUAAAGGGGCAGUGCAGUCAAAAACAUUUACCAUUUUUUUUGUAUGAUAUUUCCAGACUAUCAGGUCGAAAUUAAAGGGGCAGUGCAGUCAAAAACAUUUACCAUUUUUUUGUAUGAUAUUUCCAGACUAUCAGGUCGAAAUUGUGAAAAUUAUGAAAAUGCCCUUUAAGUGUAAGCUUUUUGAAGAAAAACCAGCAGACACUAUGCCCUCCAUGGAAUGAGUUUGACACCCCUACCCUAGAGUCUAGACCAGAGUUUCCCAACCCUCUCCUCGGAUGUUUCACAUUUGAGUUUUAACCCUAAACUACCACAUCUGAUUCAAUUAGGCAAAGGCGGGAGGAUUAGUUGACUAAUUGAAUCAGGUGUGCCAGUUUAGAGUUAAAACAAAAAUGUGAGAGGGUUGGGAAACCCUGGUCUAGAUGAUCCAAUCAGAUGUGUCACUACAUCCACAAGAUCAGUCUGAGCAUUUCAAUGGCAAAAGAAGGCUCAGGGAAAUAAAUGAUAGACAAAUAUAUUUUGAUUUACAACCAUGAAAUAAACACUCAGUGAUUUAUUAGACACUGAGUGAUGAUUUUAAAAAAUGUAAUGAAAAUGACUGCAUGAGGCUUUAAUAGAUAGCCCAGCAGAUUAUCCUGUUUUUAUAAUGUACAUGUUGAAAUGUAAAUAUCAGAAUUACCAUUAAGUUGUCUCUGAGUGGGGUGUUUGGGGCAAGGUUGAGUGUGUUACGCAGUGUCCAGUAACAUUAAGCCAUAAGUCAUUACAUCCAUCCUGUCUUCCUCCUUACAAAACCAAAAUGUCAGUCACUCCCUCCUUCCCUCCUGUCCUUGGACUCAAUUUUUCCCAUGAAGAUUUUUGAAGUGGAUUUAACAAGUGACAUCAAUAAGGGAUCAUCGCUUUCACCUGGAUUCACCUGGUCAGUCUGUCAUGGAAAGAGCAGGUGUCAAUAAUGUUUUGUACACCCAGUGUAGGCAGCGCCGUUACAGUGCUAUACCCUUCUGGAACAGAUUUUAAACCAAUGUUUGUUUUUUUCAUGCUCCUUAAAAAAAGCUAUUUAUCUCAGACUGUGACCUCUUCAUAAUUGAAGCACCAGCACUUUAGUAAUAUAUAGAUAAUGAUGUAACAAAGUAUUCUCAUCAGUUGAUCGUCCACGACCAAUUUUAUAAACAAAGGUGUUUUGAUCACUUAAAUUAUUUACUUUCCUUUUCACUCAUCCUGAAGAUUUUAUUUUGUAUUGUAUUUUUGAUGAUACAUUCAGAAAAGUCUGUAGUGCAUUAUUUUGGAUACAAAGGUAAAUGCCAUGUGUACAAUCCAUGAAGACCCAUUCUAAUUAUAUAAUAAUCCAAAUAGUCUGAAAUCGUUCCCUUUGUGAGUGGGACUUUACUUGCUUACAGUGCAAACAAUGCAACAUAAUGUUUGUCCAUGAAAAAUCGUAAAAUUGAAUUUGUAUAUCUUUCUUUGUUUGUGUUUCCUUUUACAGGAAUGUAAUUCAGCCAAUUAAGAAGAGGAUAUAUGCAUUGUACUUCCAGCAUAAUUAAGGCUUAUAUUUCUGGGAUUUUAAAGUGUACAUAGAUGAAUAUUCUUCAGCAAAAAAGUGGGAUAUGAGUCUGUCUCUUCAGUGAGCUUGAACAAAGCAAUUAUAAUGUCUUUAUAUUCUUCAUUCCAGUAGCUCUGCUGGCCUAUCCUUCCAGCACAGUAUAAUGAUAAAGCCUGAACAUGUAAGCCACCAUAUACUUCAGUACACAUGUGUAUGCAUAGUCACAUACAGCUGUUUUUUUUAUGUUUAUAAACCUUGUACAUCACAACAUUUUAUUGCUAGUUUUCAAUUGACGUGGCCAGGAUAAGAAUUUCACCCAGACUCCAAAGGAGGGGGUUACCCUUCAUGUUUUGUUUGUGAUAAUAGAUGUGCUGCGUAUAUAAUCCCCUGGGCCCGGCAGUUUCCAUGACACCUGGAAUAUACAGCUCUGUGAUCAACAUGUAUGGCACAUUAUGUGUUGGUGGUUGAAAGUCCAGAAUUAGAACACAACCUGUGGAGAUUUAAGAGGAAAACCACCUGCGGUAAUAACAUAACUUUCAUCAUUUACUUUAAUUACACCCCUGAGGUAGAUUUGAAAGGAGAACCGUCAACUACCUAAUUUUAUACUGUAUAGUCAGAUACCAGUUACACAAUAUGCAGCCUAAUUAUUUAUCAGACGUUUUAAAAACAGAUGUGAUUCUAGGAAUGGUACAGUAAUACAUUGUACUUUCCCUGUGAAUAGUCCUGUAGGACCUCCUUUAGUCCUUGUUGAAUUACAUACACGUAGAGUUGGGACAAUCAACCAAAAAUGAUCGACACCGACCAAAUCGAUCACUUAUCGCAGUCAUUUCGUCCAUUAGGAUAAGUAGCCUAUACUAGAGAAAUGUGAAGUUUGAAAUGAGUUUGCUAAUAUGGGUGAUUGUUAAUGGAACAUUUGAUGGCUACAACCAUCAAACUAGUAGUAAUAGUUUUAAGCAGGGAUCCCCAACCUUUUCUAGCAUGAGAGCUACGUUUAAAAAAAAAAAAAUAUUAUGUCACCAGUUACACAAUAAAUGAUUGGUUUCAAAUAGACACAUCAUUUUCUCCUCUCACCUGCAGCUCUUCCUUGGGUCCUUAGUGUACAAGAGAAAGUAGUUCCUUAUGUUUUUUGUCAAUAUACCUGGUAAAAUAAUGGUUAAUAAACUACUCUAAGUGGGGCCGUUAAUCAGAUUUUUUUUCACAAAAAUUCUGUUUUAGAUUUUCCUAAAUUACAUUGCUUUAUUUUUCACUUUUAAAAUUCCUAUUGUUCAUAGAGAAACAACAUUGGAUGUUCUGAGUUUAAAUCACAUAAGACUUUUUUUUUUUUAGGUGUGGAAGAAAUUUAGAUGUUUGAUUGUAAUUCCUCUUUAAUUGCGCAUCUGGUGACUGAGGAAUGUGCCGGUCUAAUGUGCCGGUCUAAAAAUGGUUCUGUACUGCUGCUUCUCAAUUCAUGACAAAGUAUAUCAUACAAAUGACAGUAUAUACUUACUUAUGAUAUACUUCUGCCAGGUAAGCCAGCUUUGCGGUUAACAUUUAAUUGAGAAUGUUUUGGGGGAAGUUGUAUAUAGCAUACUUCAGAAUUGUUUGAAGAGCUACUCAUAGUUGGGAUUCUCGUGAUCGACCUGUUGGAGACCCCUGGUUUAAAAAAGAUGUGGUAAAGUUUAAGGUAAUGUCAUAAACGUAUCAUUCUAUUUAACAUUAUCGCACAAAUUCUGGCAAUUUAUCAUGAUCUGGAUUUAUUCUGCAUAUCGCCCAGCUCUACAUGCAUGUACGUAAAGGUUAAGGCGAUGAUUAAUUAAAUGCUUCACCUGUUCAUUAGUGAUCAGAACCACAGGCAUCUGUCCCCGUGGUGUGUUCCCCAGCCGCUGCAUGUUGAGAACAUCUGAGAGAGGCUGAACUCUGAGUUGGGCCGUAUCCACAAAGCGUCUCAGAGAAGGAGUGCUGAGCUAGGAUCUGUCUAUACAAUCUUAUUCGUUAUGAACUAAAAUGCUAAAAUGAUCUCAGAUCAGCACUCCUACCCGGAGAUGGAUACGGACCCAGUUGUCUAGAGACAGAGGCAAGGGACCUCUUCUGGCGUUGAGCCACAAUGUAAUAUACAGAUCAAGUCAAUUGUAACCUACAUAACUCAUCUGGGGAGAUAUUGGACAAUGAGGAAGAAUAAAAUGAAAUAUGCCGUUUCAACAAACCAAAGUUUGUUGCAGCAAAUGUCAUACCUCCAAACAUACACAAAUGUUGCUACUUUUACAACUCAACAUAGUAUUGCGUUUUUAAAAGUUUGUUCAGAUAUGACCAAUGUCUGAGAAAGAGUUGUAUCUCAAAGCCAUACAUUCCCUUUUGGUUUGGAUGCUUUGGCGCAAUCGUUUUUCAGUUUCAGUUAGUCCCCAACAUGUCGUUACCAUGCCUUCACCCUAGGAACCUCCUCCAACCUUCCCCUCUCACUCUUUGGGUGCCACCUCUGAAGGCUGACCUGAAGGCAGUGGAAGCUCACAGCAUGAAUGUGUUGUACAGUAAAUCUCCCAACAGUGUUGUUGAAGAAUAAACUUUUGUAAUAAAA